AUGGUGCAGCUCGACGUGGUCCGCGCUUGCAAUAAAGCACUGAUCAACAAACAACCUGUCACGGCUGUAUUCGUGGGCGGCACUUCAGGCAUUGGGGAGUACUCUUUGCGUGCCCUGGCAGCUCUGCACGGCAGUGGGGGUCAUGGUUUGCGAAUCUACCUUGUCGGCCGGAACCAGAAAGCUGCAGAUACAAUCCUCGCCGACUGCAAAAAGCUGUGUCCCGUAGGGGACUUCCAUUUUGUGAGCGCCAGCGAUCUCGCAUCACUCAGAGAGGUCGAUCGCGUUUGCAGCGAGAUAACGAGAUUAAUCGAGGGAAAUGCCAACCAAUCGAUUGCUAUUGAUUUGCUUGUCAUGUCUCAGGCACUUUUUUCUUUUGGCAGCAAGUUAGAACGUCAAGUGACCACAGAAGGUCUCGACCAGUCCUUGUCUCUACUUUACUACUCGCGAAUGCGGUUUGUCACCCAGCUCCUCCCCCUCCUCACGGCUUCGCCUCUCCCGGGGCGCGUGGUUUCUGUCUUUGGCCCCGGACGUGACACCAAGCUCAUUCAAGACGAUCUUCCUCUUAACAAGCCGGGAAAUUUCAAUUUCACCACCUUGGGUUCUCAUGCGGCGUACAUGACGACCUUUUUCUUUGAGAAAAUUGCGGCAAACAAUCCUGGGCAAAUCUCCUUGUCGCAUUAUUUUCCUAUGCUCGUUAUAACUCCUGCGUUCAAGGGCGAUGGUGUCCCAGGCUGGUUCAAGGGAGUCUAUACGGUUCUGAGCCCUGUUUUCAGACUUCUCAGCGUCAACCCGCAAGAAUGUGGCGAUCGUGUGCUCUUUCACACCUCAGCCCGGUUUCCAGCCCGACCGCCGGACAGCCAGACGCAUUCGGCAAUGGCCGGAAGGGUCACUGUCGCAACAUCGUCGGAUGGAAUUCGUGGAGGUGGUGCCUACAGAGUCAACCACGACGGAGAGGACGUUCCCCUAGGAAAAGGAUACAAAACCAUACGCAAAGACGAAACCCGCGAAAAGGUGUGGAACCACACGAUGACGGUCUUCCGAAACAUUGAGCACAAUGGUCACUUUUCCGGAUAG